AUGAUUAUUUCCACAUUAACUACAUUUCCAUCUUUUAUUUUUCUCUUCAUUAAUGGGACCAUGCUGUUCACACUGAGGAGUAAGCCUGUGUUUCAUGAGACCCCACGUUAUAUUCUUCUUUAUAACCUUCUUUUUGCUGAAACGGUGCAGCUGGCACAGAGUCAGGUUCUUUUCCUGCUCUCUGUUAGUCAAGUAAAAUUGUUUUAUCCUGUUUGUGGAUUUCUCCUUUUUUUCACAAGUCUCACAACUGUGAUCUCCCCUCUCACGCUGGUGGUGAUGCCUCUGGAGAGAUAUGUAGCUGUGUGCUACCCACUGAGGCAUCCGACCAUCAUCACCAUCAGAAACACAGUGGUGGGUGUCAUUGUGACUUGGGCUGUCAGCUCAGUAAACAUCCUCAUUCGAGGCCUUUUGGUGGUGAAAGUUUUACUAAAGUUGGAAAAUGUAAAUGUGAAAGACCAUUGUUAUAAAAUUGAUAUACUGCUUGGCUUAAACACUGAUUAUUAUGACAAAGCCUUCACUUGUGUUAUUUUUGUAUCAGCUGCUCUGGCAAUCAUUUUCUCUUACAUUGGGGUUGUAGCAGCAGCCAGGUCGGCCUCUGCAGACAAGGGUCUAGCUCGUAAAGCCCGUAACACACUGCUGCUGAAUCUGGUGCAGCUGUGCCUCAGUCUCUGCGCAACCAUUUAUCGCCCAUUGCUCACAGCACUUUCAACAACAGUAACAAUGACAGCAUUCUCAUGGAUCCAGAAUGUUUUUUAUGUGUGUUUGGUUGUAUUACCCAGAUUUCUGACUUCUCUUGUCUAUGGGCUAAGAGAUCAGACCAUCAGACCUGUCCUCAUGUACCAUCUAUGCUGUCAUUGUUUGAAGUAG